AUGGCCAUUCUGAAAGCGGCUAGCGGCGGCUCAACGAAUCCCUUCUUGAGCAAUGCUCAGUCGGAUUUGCUAAAAACGAUUACAACGAAACCAGAUCAACCAGCAGUCACCGCCCCGGUAGCAGUAAGUUUUUGA